AUGGAUGACAACGCUACGGAAUUAUUGUCAAUCGAUACGACCUUCAGGGAUGAGCCCAUUCUGGAGAAUUUGUCGGAUGUUGCCGACAAGACGCUGGAUAACGCGGAAUCUAUGUUGAAAAGCACAACAUGCCGUGACGUGGAGUUCCUGAAGACUGUGCUCCUUGAGCUUAUGCUCGCGGAGAAGCGUUGUCGUAUGGCCCGUGACGGUGAGUCUACCGGCCGAAUCUGCAAGUUUGUCAUCCAAUUACUGUAUGACAUUCGCGACUUUCCAAACCUUAUUUACUACCUGGUACUUCUGACUCGGAAACGUGGUCAGCUGAAGGCGGCUAUAACGGCUGUGGUGAACCACGCUAUGGGUUGGAUCCCGGAGAUCGCUGACAUGGACAUUAAGAUGAAUCUCAUUAAUACUUUGAGCCAUAUCACAUUGGGGAAGAUGUUCCUGGAAGUUCAACGGGCGGAACUUGCGUAUACACUUGCCAAGAUCAGAGAGGAUGCCGGCGAAAUUGACGAGGCUGCUAACAUUAUGCACAACGUUGAGAUUGAAACCUUUGGCGUGCUUCCUAAGACUGAGAAAGUACGCUAUUUGUUGGAGCAGAUGCGUUUACACUUGCUGAACAAGGACUACCUGCGUUUCUACAUAACGAGCAAGAAGAUAGACGAAAGGUUACUUGAUGCGAAUGCCCAUGUUGACCACCUGAUGAAAUUCUACGAGUAUAUGGUAUACUACUAUUUAAAUUCGAAGGAUUACUUCGAAGUCGCAAAAGCUUAUCGUCACAGGUUGGAUUGCGCCCUUAAGUCGGGAAGCGACGGAUGGCUUAUGGAUUUGGAAUGCUUAAUGCUAUUUCUCAUGAUUGCACCGCUCUCUGAUGAGACUAUAAAAUACCGCAAAGACAUGUUGGAAUCUGAGGAGAAGCGUAUUAAGGAUGCACCUGUGCUAAUGUGGUUGUACAAGGAGCUUCUCUCUGACAACCUUAUUGCUUUUCCGCUUACGGAUGAAGUUGCUCAUGUGGUGAAAUCCCACGCUGUGUUCUCCAAUCAGAAAGUGAGCGGCGGUGAGGAACGUUUGGCUACUCUGGACGACCGAGUGAUCCAGCAUAACAUAAUGGUUGUUAGCAAGUUCUACACGAAUCUGAAGCUCUCUCGUCUGUCGGAAUUGACCAAUAUCGGUUGUGACAAAUUGGAAGAAGAAAUAUCAGCGAUGGUUCACGCCAACAUUGUCCAUGCCAAGAUCGACCGCCCAUCGGCUUUAAUUCGGUUUGGUGAACGUAAGGAUUCCGACACACUUCUGAACGCAUGGUCCAAGGAUAUCGCAACGUUGAUGGGCUUGGUGGACCAAUGCUCGCGUCUGGUGCAGAAGGAGAAGAUGAUCCACGAGGCUCGCAUUAAGCAGGUUGAGCUAGAAAAUAGCUUUCAAGAUAUGCCGAAGAAUAAGGGGAAGGGAGGCAAAAACCGCCGUCGCGGUAAGAACGAUAAUGAGGGAGAGAAACGUGAGUUGGUGUUUAAGAUGGAAGACCAAGAGUACGCUCAAGUGCUGCGUAUGCUUGGAAACGGUCGGCUUGAGGCAUACUGCUUUGAUGGCAACAAGCGUCUGUGUCAUAUCCGGGGUAAGAUGCGUAAGAGGGUGUGGGUGAACGCUGGUGACAUUAUCCUCGUGUCUCUACGUGACUACCAGGACAGCAAAGCCGAUGUAAUCGCAAAAUACACACCUGACGAAGCUCGUUCGCUUAAGGCGUAUGGUGAGCUUCCAGAGUCUACUAAGAUCAAUGAGACUGAUCUUUAUGACGAGGAAGGUGAUGGUGGUAUCGAAUUCCAGGAUGAUUCCUCGGAGUCAGGGAGCGAAGACGGCAAGGAUGACGCUAAGUUUGAUAUCGACGAUUUGUGA